AUGGUUCAAUCGCCAAUGCUGUCAUGUCCGCUAAAGCAGACCAACGAAAUCGAUUGGAUCCAGCCUCUGAAGGACUACAUCAGACAGAGCUAUGGAGAGGAUCCUGAGCGAUACAAUCAAGAAUGCGCCACCCUCAACCGCUUACGCCAGGACAUGAGGGGUGCUGGCAAGGACAGUGCGACAGGGCGCGAUCUACUUUAUCGGUAUUAUGGACAGUUGGAGCUCUUGGAUCUGAGGUUCCCUGUUGAUGAGAAUCACAUCAAGAUCUCGUUCACUUGGUAUGAUGCAUUCACCCACAAGCCAACGUCUCAGUACUCGCUGGCCUACGAAAAGGCUUCGAUCAUCUUCAAUAUCUCUGCCGUUCUCUCCUGUCAUGCGGCGAACCAGAAUCGCGCCGAAGACGCCGGGCUGAAGACCGCCUAUCAUUCGUUUCAGGCAUCCGCGGGGAUGUUCACCUACAUCAACGAGAACUUCUUACAUGCUCCUUCGACCGACCUGAACCGGGAAACCGUCAAGACCUUGAUCAACGUCACUCUCGCUCAGGCGCAGGAAGUCUUCCUCGAGAAGCAAGUGGCGGAUCAGAAGAAAGCUGCGUUCCUCGCAAAGCUAGCCAGCCAGGCGGCUUAUCUAUACCUCCAGGCGGUCGAAGGGAUCCAGGAGUACGCCAAAGGUAUCUUCGACAAGUCAUGGACCAUUGUUGUCCAGGCCAAGGCCGCUCAUAUGACUUCAAUGGCGUCAUAUUAUCAGGCGCUGGCGGACUAUGAGGCCGGUUCGCACGGCGUCGCUAUCGCCAGGCUCCAACUCGCCGAGAAGAACUCAGCGGCCGCGCUGCUGUCGGCGAAAUCAUUCCCCACGACCGUCCCUACCAGCUCGAACCUGAGUUCUGAGUCGGGAGCUCGCCUGAUCGACCUCAUCAAAUACCAUCAGGCCAAUGUCCAAAGCAAGUUGGCUACCUUCAUCAAGGACAACGACUAUAUCUAUCAUCAACCCGUCCCCAAUGAAGCCGGGCUAUCGGCAGUAGCCAAACUGCCAGCUGCAAAGGCAAUCCCUGUGAGCGAGCUCUAUCAAGGCCAGGAUAUCCAGCGCAUUAUCGGACCAGAUAUCUUCCAGAAGCUCGUCCCCAUGUCCGUAACGGAAACCGCUAGUCUCUACGAUGAAGAGAAAGCAAAAUUGAUUCGGGCAGAGACGGAGAAGGUAGAUACCGCCGAUGGCGAAAUGGCCGCCAGCCUGGACUAUCUGAAGCUCCCUGGUAGCCUCAACAUCCUUAAAGGUGGCAUGGAUCAAGAGAUGUCGGUCGAUGACGAGUUCCAGCAAUGGUGCCACGACUUGGCCGGCCACCAAUCGUUUACUAAAGCGUUCGACAGCUUGCAGGAUCGCAGAGCCGAGAUCCUUUCGCAACUAGAUCAAUGUUCCAAGCAACUCGAUUUGGAGGAAAGUGUCUGCGAAAAGAUGCGGUCCAAGUACGGGGCAGACUGGAGUCAACAGCCCAGUGCCAGACUAAACACCACACUCCGCGGUGAUAUUCGCUCGUACCGGGACACUGUCAACGAAGCCAGUGCGAGCGACUCACAGCUUCUCGCCACCCUCAGGCAGUACGAGAUCGAUUUCGACGAGAUGCGCUCUGCUGGCGAGACGGACGAGGCCGAUGUGCUCUACCAGCGUGCCAUGAUCAAAGCCGGAUCGAAACACGGCAAGGGCAGGAACGGGGUUGGGAGUCCGUACGCUUCCAAUGCAGAAGCAAGCUUGUUGGAUGAUGUCUAUGAUGAGGGGUCCCCUUCGGUUGCCGAGCAGAUCGCCAGGGUGGAGUCUAUUCUGAAGAAGUUGAACCUUGUGAAGCGGGAUCGGGGUCAAGUGUUGAAAGAUUUGAAAGAAAAGGUCCACAAUGAUGAUAUCUCCAAUGUCUUGAUCUUGAACAAAAAGUCGAUCGCCGGACAGGAGAGCCAGCUGUUUGAGACCGAGCUGGAGAAAUUCCGUCCACACCAGAAUCGGUUGCUUCAAGCCAACCAUAAGCAGGCCUCGUUGAUGAAGGAGCUUACCAAGGUCUACGGUGAUUUGCUACAGGACAAGCGAGUGCGAUCCGAACAAUCGAAAUACGAAACCAUCACACGCCAGCGCAACACCGUGAUGGCGCGGUACAAGAAGAUCUACGAUGCCUUCAAUGGUCUGUUAUCUGGGAUCAUGCAAGCGCAGACCUUCUACAGUGAGAUGGGCGAAACAGUGGACAGUCUGAAGAAGAAUGUUGAGACUUUCAUCAACAACCGACGGUCCGAAGGCGCUCAGCUGCUCGGCCAGAUCGAACGAGAAAGGGCAAGCAGCGCAACUGAACAGGAAGAUCGGGAACGAGAGAAGCUGAGACAGCUCAUGGAGCGGCUGUCUACCGAGCCCAAGCCGUCACCCACCCCCUCAUCCUCGACCGGUCCGUCCAAGGCCAAGUCCCCUCCACCGCCUAUCCAGGCGCCCGGAUAUCCUGGUCCUGGUAUCGCUUCCCCGCAGAUGUCACCGCACUUCCCGCCGUCUGUUGCAGGUCAACAACACGGUGUGCCCCUCUCGCAUUCCCCAGCACCGUAUGCGCAAUACGGCGCCCCUCCUGGGGGUGUCUCCUACAUGCAGGGGCAGGCAUUCCACCAGGGCGCUGCGGCGCCGCUGUCUGAAGGAUAUAACCCUAUGGCAUAUCCAGUGCCGCCUUCGGUUUCCCCACCACCCACCCAGCAGUACUUCUCGUCCACACCCAGCCCCUACGGCGGGUAUACCCACCCUACUCCGCCAACCGCGCCGUCACAGUUUAUGCCACAGGGUUAUGUACCUCCGCCACCGCCGCCGCGCCCACAGCAAGCCUCCUACCCGUCGUCGGCAGGACCUUUCCCGGCCGGCCCCGGGGGAUACGCGCAGAGUAGACCGUACGGCAGCAGCCAACACCACAAAGCCCCGUCGCAGUCGCAAUCCUCAUCCGGCGACCCAUGGGCUGGCCUUAAUGCAUGGAAGUGA